AUGUUGGUGGUUGCUAUUCUACAGGAGAAUAACUUUCUUCAGAUGGUGAAGGAUGCAGGCACCCCUGGGAUCCAGAAACAGAUAGUCAAGCCUGGGAGCAUGAAAAGCAUGGAACCCCACUAUCAACAGACGCUACUGGAGCUGGGGAAUAUCAUAAAGCCCCAUGCACUCAAUCUCUUCUCUUCUACAGGUUCCCUAGUUUGGGACAGGAGGCUGUCAUGUCUUUUUCUCCUGACGUCUUUUCUUCUGCUGCACAGCAAGGGGGAGAGAAUGUGCCCAGCAAGUUGUCGCUGUGAAGGGAAGAUUGUUUAUUGCGAGUCUGGCAUCUUUCAAGACAUUCCAGAAAACAUCUCUACUGGAUGCCAGGGUCUGUCCCUGCGCUUCAACCGCUUAGUGACUCUGCUGCCUUACCAAUUCGCUCAUCUCAACCAGCUCAUCUGGCUCUACCUGGACCACAAUUCCAUCACCGCCAUAGAUAGCUUAGCCUUUCAGGGCAUGCGAAGGCUCAAAGAACUGAUUCUUAGCUCCAACAAGAUCACACUUUUACACAAAAAGGCUUUCAAUGCUGUACCAAACCUGCGCAAUCUUGAUUUCUCCUACAACCAGCUACAGUCUCUGCAGCCAGGUCAUUUCUAUGGUCUGCGUAAGCUCCAAAACCUUCACCUACGGUCCAAUGGUCUCAACAAUAUACCUGUACGGACUUUUCUGGAGUGUCGCAGCCUGGAGUUCCUGGACCUGGGUUACAAUCACCUACGCACCCUAUUCCGCACCACCUUCUUGGGGCUGUUCAAGUUGAAAGAGCUUCAUCUGGAGCAUAAUCAAUUUUCAAGGAUUAAUUUGUUUAUUUUCCCACGUCUUAGCAAUCUACAGGUCCUCUACUUGCAAUGGAACCGGAUACGAGCCGUCAAUCAGGGCCUGCCAUGGAUCUGGCAUACGCUGCAGAAAUUAGACCUCUCAGGAAAUGACAUCCAGAUUCUGGACCCAGCUGUUUUCCAGUGUAUGCCAAACUUACAAAUACUCCAUCUUGAAUCCAACAAGCUGAGCAACAUGUCUCAGGAUGUGGUUUCAGCCUGGGUCUCCCUCACCACCAUCAGCCUGGUGGGUAAUGCCUGGGACUGCAGCCCUACCAUCUGCCCCCUGGUGACCUGGCUGAAGAACUUCAGAGGCUCAAAGGACAUCAAAAUGAUAUGCAGCAGCCCCAAGUCAGUUCAGGGAGACAGAGUAAUGGACAUAGUGAGGAACUACACAAUCUGUGUGAACAUAUCAGUUGUAGAGCAAACCACAGCGAUGAUCAUGAGGCAAACCACAGCCUCAGUUGUGGACACCAAAAAUCAUACCACACCUCCUCCUUCCACAACCACAACAACCCAAGAGAUAUCUGCAUCAACAGUACAAAGACUCACUCCACAACCUGUCUCUCCCACUGUGACAGAAAAAUACACAAGGGAGUCCAUACUCAUGACCUCAAUCUCUCCAGAAUCCUCAUCAUUUUCCCCAGAACUAGAGUUUGAGCAUAUGGCCUUCCAUAAAAUCAUUGCAGGCAGUGUAGCCCUAUUUCUCUCUGUGUCAUUGAUCCUGCUGGUAAUUUAUGUCUCAUGGAAGCGCUACCCCAAUACCAUGAGGCAGCUGCAGCAGCACUCAGUCAACCGCAAGCACAGAAAAAAGGCCCGGAAGCAGAAGCUUAACCUUAACUCUCAGUUACAAGAGUAUUAUUUGACUUAUACAAACUCUCAGACCAUGGAUGCAUUGGUAAAUGACACAAGGGCCUACACCUGCACAAUCUCAGGAUCCAGAGAAUGUGAGGUAUGAUCCGUCAACUCCAUCCUAAAAACACACUCUCCAGCUGCUUGGGAGUCAGGUAAAUGUAUUCCACAGGGAUGUACUGUAAACCUCUCUGAGCAAAUGGAGACUGAGUUAAAAAUCCAUCCUCUGUUUGACUCUGUUGUUUUAAAUGAACGUUAACAAUCCUAAAAACGUACUGUACAGCUGCUUGGGAGUUAGAGGUCAGUGUUUUCCACAGGGAUGCAUUGUAAACCUCUGAGUUAACGGAGACUGAGUUCAACUUCCAUCCUCUGACUGUUCUUACUGUUGUUUUAAAUUAACGUUAUCACAUUAGAACAAAGUGAUUGGAUAUAUUCAUCCUGUUUGUGAGUAUAAACCUAAUUUAUAUCUGCACAUUUGUUACGGUUAUCUGCUGUUGAUUACAAAUGACCCCGCUUUUCACUUUUGUUAUCCUUGGGUGAUAUUGAGAUCUUAUUGUACUUGUAUAAACGCAACUGAUACAUGUUAUGUGUAGUCUUUUUUUAUAUUUAGCUUUUGUUCAUUUUAGGAAAUUAUAUGAUCAGCGUGCAAUUUAAUUGUCAUUAAACUUGUGAAUGGUAGUUACUAAAUAAUGGGUGUCAGAAACAUAAUUACAAGAUUAAGUUCCUGUUUUUGAUCUUCAUACUAUACCAAUGUGGCAAAAAGUCCAACAGCAUUAGUAGACUUUCUUUUGGGGCACUUCACCAUGACGUGUAACAAGACAGCUUUCCAUUUUAUGACAAAAUUACAUUUCUAUGAAAAUUGCAAUAAAUAAAAAAAAAAUCUACAUGAUUAUCCUGUCUGAUCCAACACCUGGGACAAAUGUUUCAUGGCUGUGUGGGGUAUACCACCCUACUAAGGCUAUGAAAAAUGAAGCCAUGGUGAUUUUGAUCACAUAGCAUAUAGGCUUCACAGGGCAGAUUUCUAUCUAGGCUCUACUAUGGAAACUUACAUUUCCAUUUAGAUUUUAUUCACACUUCACAUGUCAGAUUUUUGCCCUCCUUUUAGUAGCUUAUUGUUUCCAGAGCACUAUAGCACAGUCUACUCUAUAUGGCUCUGAAUCUUACUCUGUCUAAAUAUCUGCUUAAUUUUAAGAGGCUUUUAAAAGUAUCGGUUCCUUCCUGGUUUUUAAAAGUAUGGGUUCCUUCGUUUGCUUCAUGAUGUAGAAUCACUUAAUUGCAUUCACUUGAUCACCAUAUGCUUUUAACAGGUCUUAUGUUUAAGGGAAUAUUUAAGUACCUCAACAUUAUUUAUUUCCCAACAGGCACACUUAUUCUCAAGGAUAUAUGUUAUUUAUCAAAAAUAAUAACUUAUAUCAUACAAAGAUGUGAUGUUUGACUAAAAUAAUCCUUAUAACGAAGACGCAUACUUCCAUGAGGCAGCUUGAUAUUGUCUAAAAAUGGGACAGCACUCUUUCAAAGUAGUACAGGCCAAAUCAAGGCUAGCUAUGGAAGUAGUUUCGUCAAUUGACUGGCUCAUUCUGAUUUUUAGACCAAUGCACUCAAUUGAUGUUGUACAGGAAAUGACUGUUUAUUAAUAGCAUGUUUUGAAUCAGCUGAAU